UAAGCGUGUCACGGUCCAUUGCAUUUGAGUAUAUCAGCGGUAGGCCUGCUGUUCUUGACAAAUCUUCCUUCCCUUUGUCCUUCUCAUCGCUCUUCAUACCACCUUACUGUCCUACCGGUACCUACUGCUGCUAUCUCCAGAUUCAUCUAUUGCUCAACCAACAGCUAUAGCCAGCCAACCACCACCUCUAUCAUCACCGCAACAACACCACAAUAGCCUCAUACCAAUCACCAUGCCGUCCCUCACCCACGCCCGCUACGGCAAAGACAACAUCCGCCUCUACAAAACCGACCGCAACGCCAAUGGCACCCAAUCCGUCACUGAAAUGACCGUCUGCACCAUGCUCGAAGGCGACAUCGCGGCCUCGUGGACACACGCCGAUAACGCCAACAUCGUAGCAACCGACACCCAAAAGCAGACGACCUACAUCAUGGCCAAACUCCACCCGGUCAACCCCCCCGAACUCUUCGCCAGCAUCCUCGCCGAACACUUUCUCAAACAAUACUCCCACAUCACAUCCGCACACGUGUGGAUCACAGUCCACAAAUGGACUCGCAUGAACGUGGGCGGAAAGCCACACCCACAUUCCUUCGUCAGAGAUGGGGAAGAGAAGCGAACAGUCUACGCCAUUUUCGAUCGCAAGACAGGGGGAUCAAUCAAACUCCGCUCCGGCCUCGAAGGACUCCUCGUCCUCAAAUCCACCGGCUCCCAAUUCCACUCCUUCCAUCGAGACGAAUUCACCCGCCUCCCCGAAACCUGGGACCGCAUCCUCUCCACUUCCGUCGACGCGCACUGGAAUUGGAAAACCUACGCUUCCUUGGCAGAAGUUGCCAAAGACUCCCACAAGUUUGACACCGCAUUUCAGGAUGUACAGAAGAUCACUUUGGAGACAUUCGCCAAUGAGAACUCGCCGAGUGUACAGAACACCAUGUAUUUGAUGUCCGAGCAGAUUCUGGCUGCUGCGGAGGGUGUGGAUAGUGUCGAGUACAGUCUACCCAACAAGCAUUACUUUGAGAUCGAUAUGAGCUGGUACAAAGGAUUGAAGAACACGGGCAAGGAUGCAGAGGUUUAUGCCCCACAGAGUGAUCCAAACGGGUUGAUUGAGUGUGUUGUGACGAGGAAAGGAGCCAAGGCGAAGUUGUAGUUGAAUCGAGGUUGGCGUAUUUGGCAUAUUGGCGUAGAUUUUUUAGAAUUUUCGGAUGAGACAACAGCUUCAUCCCGUAGAACAAUCAAGAUACCCUUUUUU